AUGGUCGGAAGUGGUGCUGAUGUUGUGGCGGUGGGUGGUGGCGGCGGGUGGGUGGUGUUAGUGGUGGUGGCCGGUGGUGGCGCCGGUGUUAGGUGGCGGAGGGUGGCGACGGUGGUGGGUUGUAGUGGCGGUGGUCGGUGGUGUUUGGUGGUUGAUAGUGGCGUUGGUGCCAAUGUUCGAUGGCGGAGGGGGUGGUUGCGGCAGCGGGUGGUGGCGGUGGCGUCGGUGUUCGGUGGCGGAGGAUGGCGGUGGUCGGCGGUGGCACGACGGGUGGUGGCGUCGGUGGUCGACGACGUAAGGUGGUGGUGGCAUUUGUGGGUGGCUAGUGGUGGAGGUAGUGGGAGGUGUUGGUGA